ACAUGUUUUUCCUUUCGGCCACAAAAUUUUCGUUCUAAAUUUUUUGUUGUUUGCAAAAAUUGGGCUCUUAUAUUUCUUAACGCAAUGCCCAAAAAGAAAAAAAAGGAACCGAAUCCAAUUUUCGCUCCUAAGCGUCUAGAACUAGAAGUUCAAGAAGUCACCGAAAGUAAUUUUGCGGCAUUGCGUAACUUUAAGCAGGAACUCAAUAAUUUAUUACGUUGGACUGUUUUGAUAGCACCAGAUAGUCCGCCAUAUGAUGAAGGUGCAUUUCUUUUGGAAGUUAAUUUCAAGCCAGACUAUCCUUUCAUGCCACCACGUUUACACUUUGUGACGAAAGUUUAUCAUCCAAACGUCCAAGAAAAUGGUUUGAUAUGUAUGCCUAUCUUAUUCGUUGAAAACUGGAAACCAACAACGCGCAUGACUCAGGUCUUACAGGUGUUAGUCGCACUAAUGAACGAUCCCAUUGCUGAAAUGCCCAUACGUGCAGACCUGGGUAAAAUGUUUUUAAUGGAUCAUGAUAAGUAUAUGAGACUAGCUACAGAUUUCACAAAACAAACCGCUCUGCCACGACCACCGUUUAAGAAAUAUAAGCCGCCCAAAAAAUAAAAAUAAUAUAUUUUAACAUUUUUGGAGAAUAACUCAAAAUCUUUUGUGAAUUAUUUUAA